UCAUCUACACAGAUUACAUAUUAUCUGUGGAUCAUCUACGUCUACCAAACACAAAUACAAAGUCCGCUUUACGUUUCAUUCAUCUUUAAUUUUUACAUUGUGACUUAAUUCUGAAUGUAUGAGAUUACACCUGAUUUGAAAUGAUGAGAGCAAUUUUAUCCAAGAAAAUUUUAAUGAAUUCUUAUAAAGAAAUUACUAUACCUGUACCUUGGGGAAAGAUUUCUGGUAAAUGGUGGGGGCCCUCAAAUUGCAAACCUAUUCUUUGCAUACAUGGUUUUCGUGACAAUUGUGGUUCAUUUGAUAAACUGAUUCCUUUGUUGAGUGAAAAUAAAAAUAUCAGUUUUUUAACCAUAGAUUUGCCAGGUCAUGGAUAUUCUUCACCAUUUCCUCAAGGAAUGAUUUAUAAUUUUAUGAAUUAUGUAAUACUCGUACAACUAAUUUAUGAAUAUUUUGAAUGGUCAAAAUUGACUCUUUUAGGGCAUUCUUUAGGAUCUAUGAUUGCCUUUAUUUCUACACUUCUAUAUCCUGAAAAAGUCGAUUCAGUUAUAUGCAUUGAUGCACUUCAACCAUUACAAUCGGUCGUUUCUAAAGAAUCUGUAAGAAGAAGUGUUGAUGAUUUUUUGAAGUACAAUAAAUUUGGUGGAGAACCACCCGCUUAUUCUUUAGAAGAGAUUAUACAAAAAAUGAAUCAUGCGUAUCAUCAAUCUUUAGACAUAGAAUCUAUUUUGUGUUUACUUGAAAGAAAUAUUACCCAAUCUAAAGUAUUCCCUGGAAAGUAUUGUUUCACAGUUGAUCCUAUCUUAAAAGUGAGAACUAUGUUGAAUUGGAACCAGGAUCAAAUGAUAAUAGAUGCUGCUACUAUUCGUAACCCAAUAUUUAUAUGUGAAGCCAAACAGAGUUAUUUACAAAAGUAUAGAAAACUCUUCCAUGAAAUUUUGGAUGUCUUAAGAACAAGUUCUAAAGAAUGUGAUUUUCAUAUGAUAAUUGGAUCACAUCAUUUACAUCUAAGUGAACCUGAGAAAAUAGGUGUUCUCAUAAGAAAUUUUUUGGAUAAGCAUCAUAAUGUUGAAAGUAGCAAUUUAAAAGACUUAACUAUAUUUUCUGACCCAGUACCUAGUUCUUUUAAGGAUAUAGCUAUCAAACAUAAAUUAUAACAUUUUAUUUGAAUUAGACAUACCUAAAAUUUAA